AUGGCAGAGGAACGCGCUAGAAAGUCUCCAGAUGGAACAUGGAGAUGGUGCGGCUUGUCAACUAGUGCUGGAGAGCAUGUUUCCGUCGGCGAACUUUGGGACGUGAAAGCAAAAAGCGAAGCAAAGCAGAAGCAGCAGCUUGAGGCGCAGCAAACCCAAGGGCCGUCUCCCAGUGGUCGGUUCGGUAUGGAGGGGGAGUGUGUGUUGCUUGGAGAGAGAGAGGUGCGAAAGGAGGUGGGAAUUCGGCAUGGACACGAUGCGAGCGUGUUGCGAAACCAUGAUUCCCACAGCUGUUCAGCCCCAUUGCGGACUAGAAUCAUCAGCACGCAGCGUGGGGAGGAGAGAAAGUCUCGAGAGGGUGAGGUGAGAGGCCAAAGUCAGUCAGUCAGUCACUCGCUCACCAACACACGCAUUUCCUCUCUGUCUCUCUCGCAGUUUCUCUUACCUUUACCCCCCUCACUCUCAGUUUCUCUCUCUCUCGCUCACUUACUCACCCACCCCUCGGCUUGGUCGGUCAAUCAUCUGUCUUCUCUUGGAUGGACUCGACCCCACCGCUUGUUUUCACUUCUCGGUCCCUCCCACUGGUGGCCCCCAGUCACCAGUGAGUGGCCCUUUCGCCCCGGCCCCCGGCCUCUCCCUCCCUCUGCGUUAGUUCUUUUGCAAGUGAGAAUCGCCGCCGCCUUUGGUUGGGGCCCAAGAAGCCGGCUCACCCACGGGAGGAGGGGCCCAAGGUUAUUUUUAAUUUUGGCUCGUUUUUGGGUCGACCUUUGGCGGGUGAACGGGGAGAUUGGCGGUGCGAUGGACAAACAGCACAUUGCCCAGUACAGCACAAAACUAACAUUUCGGGCGUAG